GACGAAGCACACUGUGGUAAUCUAAUGAUUGAUCAUUACUCGGUUUUACUUUUAUGGCCAUCUUGACCGGGUUGACCUUGUAAAAUUGCCUAUGUAGGCCUCUAAUUACCCAUGUAGGUAAGUUCUUACCGGCCCAAAAAUAAACUCUGAUGAAAUGGCAGGUAAUUUUGGAGUAGUAUUUGGGAGAGAGUCUCCUUCAAUCCCUCCAAGUCUAUCCACCCCACGGCAGAGAGUAGGUCGCAGGUGUCGGGGUAAGGUCUGGAUACUUCAUUGUCUCCCAAGACAUCUGUCCAGCGUGGAUUUAAUGUAUGAGAAGGAGUUAUCUUAGAUCUCACUUAAGUAUAAGCCCGUUUACUGCAAUUUGUGUAAGCAUGCAAUUGCAGGGUUACACCUUUACCUUUUGAAAGUAAAAUUAGUCUGCCGGUCAAUUUAUUUUAAGAUGUACAUCUACAGCGUUUCUGUCAAUCCACUGCUUGAUAAGAAAUUCCACACACCUUGUGGGCCGUCGAAAAUAAAAUAAAAACAUACUUCACCCACGCUGGAUGAGCUUGAUGGCAACAGACAAGGGGGGGAAUAAAACAUCGAUAAAACUUGCCUUUAAUCAAGUAACUUGAAUCAGAAAAACUGCAGGAUUAAAGUUUCAUGGAAUAAAAAAAAAAUCACCAACUGCGUUUUACGUAAUUUUCAAAAGUGUGGUCGGAAGAAAAAAAAACCCACCCCCAAUUAUAAUCUGCACGAAGACGGCAGAAAUCGGCGUGACUGGCCGUUCUGAAUAAAUGAAGAGAACGCGCGAGUACUCUGGUGCAGCAGCGCAGCUCGUUUGGGAACUUCAGCUCGGACACACCGAGGGCGGCGGUGGCGUCAGAGGCGCGCGGACCGCCGCCUAUAAAGGCACGCGAAGCGCGAAGCGCAGCUCCACAGCAACCGAGGCGACGAGCGAGCGAUCGGCUCCCCGAGCCCCUUCCCCCUUUCUCUCUUCGCCUUCCGAGCGACACGAGGCAACGAGGGAUGGACGCGCGACGGAGUCGCCACGGGAGCUGAAUAAUUACACGAAGCCCGCCCGCCUGCCUUCCGGCGCUGUUGUUGGGAAAACUGCGCGUCCGAAUUUACAGACCCCGACGUCCUUUAGAAUAUUGCGAAGAAAUCGGAAUUGUUGCGAAUGUUUGAGUGGCGAGGCAUGCAUUUUUCAGUUGCGUUUACCAAUUACUGCAAAAGCAGAUCCCUCCGCUGCUCAAAUCCAUGGUAUUCGCGUGCCUAAUUGUUCUGGUUGCUAAGCCUCGGGGUGUUAUCGGUUUCUUUUUUUCCCUCAAGGAAGUGUUUGUGAAAAGCCCUUUGCUGCCCGUACCAGCGACGGGUUGAUCUGAAGGGUAACCACCGCAUCGAUCACCGACACGAGGCGGCCGCUGCCAGGGUUGUCUCUUGCCAGUCGCGUGGGGGGAUAUUUUCGUACCUGAUUGCAUGAAAGCUGCUCCGCGUGCUCCAAUUAAAGCACCGGCGCAGCGAGGUGGAGAGAAUGAGCGUGACCUCAGGGCCCGAGAUGAGCGCGGUCACCGAACCCCCGCUGCCAAGGUCCCUACUCAUCUCGCUGUGCCGGGAGCUUCCCUCGGCGACCCUCGACGGCGCCAACGGCAGCAACGCGUCGCUCGGAUACCGCCCGCCCGACAACUGCAGCGACGAGUUCGAGUCCGAGGUGCCCGUCGACGGGUCGCCGGCUCUGCGCAUCAUCAUCUCGCUGGUCUACUCCGUCGUGUGCGCCGUGGGGCUCGUGGGCAACCUGCUCGUCUUCUACGUGAUGCGCAACAAACAGGCGCGCAAGAAGUCCACAAUCAACUACUUCGUCGUCAACCUGGCCAUCACCGACUUUCAGUUUGUGCUCGUGCUGCCCUUCUGGGCCGUCGAGACGGCGCUCGACUUCAACUGGCCCUUCGGCGACGUGCUCUGCCGCCUCGUCUCCUCGCUCACCGUGCUCAACAUGUACGCCAGCGUCUCCUUCCUCACGGCCAUGAGCGUCGUGCGCUACUGGGCCAUCGCCUCGGCGGUGCACUCGCGGCCGCGCCCCACCGGCUGCUCCCCGCGCUGGAUCAGCCUCGUCGUGUGGCUGGCGGCCUCCGCGGCCAGCGUGCCCACCGCCGUGUUCUCCACGGCACCCACGGUGUCGGGCGUGCCGCUCUGCCUGCUGCGCUUCCCCGAGGGCCAGUUCUGGCUGGGCGUAUACCACGUGCAGAAGAUCCUGCUCGGCUUCCUGCUGCCCCUGGUCAUCAUCUCGGCGUGCUACCUGCAGCUGCUGCGGUUCCUGCGGCACAAAAACCCCGCGGGGGCCCAGCGGACCGGCCGGCGGUCGCGCGUCACGCGCUCCGUCACCGUCGUGGUGCUGUCCUUCUUCGUGUGCUGGCUGCCCAACCACGCCAUCACCCUCUGGGGCAUCUUCGUCAAGCUUGGCGCCGUGCCCUUCGGAGACGCCUUCUACACGGCGCACGUGUACGUGUUCCCCGUCACCGUGUGCCUGGCGCACGCCAACAGCUGCCUCAACCCGCUGCUCUACUGCCUGCUGCGGCGCGACUACCGCCAGGCGCUCCGCCAGGUCUUCUGGCGCCCCCCUUCCUCGCCGCCCACCGCCACCACGCACACCUGCCACCUGCGACCCUUCUCGGGCACCUGCCGGCCCGAGCCCGAAGUCGACGACCUGCAGGCCGUCAUCCAGCUUCAGCCCAUGGACGGGGACGAGAAGGGGCGGCGGCAGUCCAAGCAGCAGCAGCAGCGCAACGUUGGAGUGGCGUGCACGUCACGCCGCAACCUCCACCCGCAGCACCUCCACCCCAACCGUAAUCAUGUCCAGCAGCAGCAGCAGCUGCAUCUGGGGAGUAGGACUCAGUCGCAGCUCGCGCGCACUCACACGCGCCCGGGUGUGUACGUGGGUUGCCGGGACGUGGCCGUGUCGGCCUGCUCCACCACCACGUACCUGACCGGGACCUACCGGUCCUGCACGGAACGCGCCGAGCCACUGCCGGCCGUGGCAUCGGUCGGGAACACGAUUUACUGAGGGUGGCCUGGAGUGCACGGCACCGUUCGGUCCGACAAAAGUGGGCCCGGCCGGACGGCUGGCCGACCGUCACACGGAGCUGUGGAGGUCGAGGUUCAAUGUCCCUGCGGUGUACUGCGUGUAGCUGGCGUUCAGUGUAACGCUGGAUGACGAUGGACUUUGAAGAGGGGCCAUACGCAGAGCACCGCGCCUUCACCUUGGACCACGAAAUGUAAUUUAUUGUGUCUUACGGUCGAUUUCCAAGCGUUUACAGCACACGAUCGGGGUGAUAGAUUAUCGGAAAACGUGUGAUAACGUUUAAUGUGUAUGUCUACAUUAUAAUGUAGCUGUUUCGGCUAUCCCGGAGAUUGUACUGUAUAUACAGGUUUUGGCAUAACAAAAACAUAUUCGGCAUACCUGUGUAUCUUUUCCUGGAAUUUAGUGGUAACCCGCUACACUGCAGGUGAAAAUUCUCCACCUUUGAAGGAGCAGAGUGGCGUGUCCGUGCGUGCGUGCUUGUGGGGAGUGGUUGUGCAGCGGUUAACACGCUGCGCUACGAACCUGGCGACCUCAGUUCGAUUUCCACUCACGGCCAACACCGGUGGUAAUUAUCUGAACCAGU